UCCCUUUCGGCUGUUCUGGACCAACGAUUGAUGCGUCAACAUAGAUUAUUCAGGGCAGCCCCCCUGGGGAGCGAGCUUGCGAUUGGACGGCAACUAGGGGGAAAGGGCUGGAGGGGGCAGACACACUUACACUUCUCCUACCAAGUGUUUCGGAAGCAUUUCACGGGUUACACAGGCUUGCACGCAGUCAAAUCGUCGCUUCUCCUAUCGCCCAUCCUCGCCCCGGUGCGGGGCUCCACGGAGUAGCACUGCAGACAAGCGCCUCUCUCACAUCGCCUCAAGCCUCUAGAUGUAUGUAUCACCUGUGCUUGAACCACCACUACACCCGCUAACUUCUCAAGGAAUAACUGAACAACUGUCUCCACAAUGCAAUCGUGUCAUGCUGGAAGGACUCGCAAUGGAUAGGCGCGGAGUGCAGUGGGAGCCAGGAGGUGGCAGGGUUAUUGACUCAGGCAUCAGCCAGCAAGCCAACAAUACACCAGCUCAAUACGCCUCGGGUGUUGCUGCAGUUCCGGCCAACUUCAGGACUGAUCCGCACCCCUGGCUCCGUGAGAGUCAGGAAGUCAGCAUCCUGGAAGUGCUCCUGGAAAUCGAUGCGCUUCUUGAGAUGAACGACAUCAGAGAAGAGGCAACCUCCUCUGUUCUUAGGGCAGAUUGCGAUGGUUCGCGCGAUGAACAGCAAUAAAUCGUUUUGCCAUCUUCGAACUAUCUGUUUCUCCUCUCUUUCUUGCAGGGUGAUGACACUAACAUGGACGCGCUGCCUUUCUAUGAAGAACCACCUCCACCUUA